AGCCUGGUGAUGGUGCACCUGUUACACCUGAGCGAGGACAGCAACAACCCACAAACAGAGAGCCUCAACACACCGGGGUGUUCACUGUGAUACCUCCAAAUGAAUCCCAACGAAGGAAAACAAUAUUGAUAAGCCAAAAAGAAGAAGAGGACCUUAAGAGAUGGAAAGAAGCAAACAGACCGUCAUCUGUGCACACAAAUCCAGAAAAACUGGGUGGUCAUGUGACAUUGGCUGAAGCCAGAGAGAAGCAAUCUGCAGACUUACGUUCCUCCAAAUUGCGGAAGAAGCUAAUGAAGGCGGAGUGUGACAAGAAGAGGAGACAAGAAGAGGAAGAGGAGCUGGAGAAGAUGAAGGCUGUACAGAGAGAAAAGGCGGAGCAGCAGGAGCAGAGGAGGCGACAGGAGGAGCAGAGGAGGCGAGAGCUUCAUCGGCAGGAUCACCUCAGGUCAGAGCGGGAUCGGAUUCACUCGGGUCUCGUCACUGUCACCGUGUGGUAUCGUGUUGUUUUGUGUUCUUGCGUUGUGUUGUGUGCCUUCUUGCUCUGCAGCAGAUCUGUGUCAGAGAUGGAGCAUCAGAUGACACCAUUACCUCUGCUGACCUAUAAUUAUCGCUGCAGUUUUUAGCAAGAUGCAUUUUCUGUUGGCAGACAGACAAAGAAAUAAAAUCAUAUCAGUCGUAAAUAAACACAGACAGGCAACACAAGGUCGACCUCUGAAUGCCCUCGUUUACCUUUUUAUUACUGUAAGGAGUUUUACUGCUGCUUUUCGCUCUGAUGCUUGGAAAAGUUACUGAAUGAAUGAAUAACUCCCAGAGAGUGUCUCUGGUUUCAGAACUGAAGCCCAAACUGAAGUGCCUUCAGUCUGCAUUCUUUGUAAUGGCCAGCAGGGGGCGACUUCCAUAGUUGCAAAUAGAAGUCUGAUUGUAUAGAAACUGAACCUUCUUCUCAGUAGAUGUAAUUAUUUUCCUAACGAGUUUAUGGUCUCAAACUCAAGUUUCAAGUGACUUUAGUACAUUUUGUUCCCAUCAAGAUUAAAAUGGAUGAUGAAGAAGGUCCUGUCACCCAGAAUAAGGACGCAACAAUUUGUAUUCAUCCUCUUGUCUAAAUAAUAGGGCUGACCCCAUAUAUAAUAGUUGUCUCACAGUCAAGCACAUGGAGGAUUCCAUUCCAGCUAUAAGGGGGUGUUUAAUGUCUACUGUCAUUUUACAUGGAUGGUAAGUGAAAAGACGUUUUAUUGUUUGACGCUGGUCUGACUCGGACACACUGGCUUGUCAUGUCCUAUCAUAGAAUACAAUGUUUUUCCAAGAUUAGAAGACAGAUAGUUUAAAGAUGCAGAUUUGUUUGGACCAGAGAAGGUAGGCGGUUUUAAGGCACCCUCACACGGCCGUUUUGGAUGUCCCUCG